AUCGUCAAGAUUUCGUAUUAAUUAAUUCAUUCAAAGUGAUAGAAAAUAGAAUAGAAUUUAAAAGAAUGCUGAAUUCGAUCCACCGAUUACAGCCUUCUAUUUUGGCAUUUUUGUUAUUUUCGUUUUUAUUUUUAUUUAAAUGGUCCGAACAAUCGUCACAUUCAUCUUCAUCAAAAUCUGUUAAAAUUCUUUUGCAAUCAAAAUGGUCGCAAACACCUAUGUAUUUGGAAGUUGCAGAAUUUCUGGCCGAAGAAAAUCAAGAUUUUUAUUGGCGUUAUCUUGAUGAUCUUCAAACAGAGCUAUCGUCAACCGAAUCGGUUUCAGGAAAUUGGUCGAAUGCAUAUCAACAAUAUCAAUCCAGUUUACGAUUAGCAUCAAAACUUUUACGAUCAGAACCAAAAUUAUCCAUAUUGAAAUUUGCUUUAUCAUUACGAUCUUAUUCACCGCGAGUGAUAGCAUUUAAAAAUAUUAUUGAAGAUAUUCAUGCUUCAACAGAUGGAAAUCAGCUUCAAAAAUGUAAUGGUCCAUUCAUCGAAUUGAGCGUACCAAUCGAUGAUCAAGAUCAGCCAAGAUAUGUUUGUCAUAAUGGUGAUGAUAUUGUUAAGGCUAUAGAUAGUAUGAUUGACUAUGUUAAAUCUGACAAUGUGAAACAACUUUCUCAUCCGCUUAUUUAUUCGGUGGAUCAUAUUUAUCCAGGACGAUAUUCGUCUAUAGAAGCUUCACCACGUUCCAUAACAGUAAUCCUUUACGCUACAAUUGGUUCUAAAUCAUUCUUUCGUUUACAUAAACUGAUUAAACAACAAAUCGAUCAAGGUAAACCAAUUCGAUACAUUAUUCGUCAUAAUCCGAAUCCGGCAAAAACUCGUGUUGCUUUAUCCGGCUAUGGAGUAGAAUUGGCCAUCAAAUCGACCGAAUACAAAGCACAAGAUGAUACUCGAGUUCGUGGAGAAGUAGUCAAAUCAAGCAAUCAACAAUGGAAAGAUGAUUUGGAACAAUCAAAACCAGAUGAGGUAGCUGGAUUUAUUUUUUCCAAAUUAAAAGCAAGCAAUGUUGCCUUAUCGAAUAAACUCAAUGAAUUUCGUGACCAUCUAAUGGAUCAGGAAAAAGAGAUAGCCACAUUAAAAGUUUGGGAAUUACAGGAAAUUAGUUUGCAAGCAGUGACAAAAGUUCUUUCAGUACAAAAAGAAAAAGCAUUGUCAGUGUUGAGAGAUAUUUCACAAAAUUUUCCCAGUGUAGCUCGAUCAUUGGUCAAGAUACAUGUUGAACCGGAAUUGAAACGAGAAAUUGCUUGGAAUCAAAAUUAUUUCUAUCAAAAUCUUAAUUUAGCUACAUCAGAUACAGCUUUAUUUAUUAAUGGUCUUUAUCAUGAUAUGGAUUCUGCAGAUGUGUUUACAUUGUUGGAUGCAAUGAAACAUGAAUAUUAUACUGUAUCAAAAUUACAUACUUUAUUGAAUGGUGAUAAUGAUCGAAUAAAAAAAUUAAAUGCUGCAUGGGAACGUGGACAACAACAACAAUUAGAUUUUCAAAUAGAUUUUCGUGAUGGUUCUGUUCUUUAUAUCAAUGAUAUUGAAAAUGAUCGAAUGUAUAGAAGUUGGCCAAGUUCGUUGCAGGAAAUGUUACGACCAACAUAUCCAGGAAUAUUACGUAAUAUUCGUCGUAAUAUGUAUCAUUUAAUAUUGAUUUUGGAUCCUAGCCGUAAAGAAUCAUUCGAUAUGUUAAGAAUGGCUGAAUCAUUUUAUAUACACAAAGCUCCUGUAAGAAUUGGUUUAGUUUUUGAUGUUAAUAAUAAUCAAACGAUCAAUGGUUAUCAAGAUGCUGGUGUUGCAUGUCUUGAAGCUUACAAUUAUAUAUCGCAACAUAAAAGUUCAUAUGAAGCAUUAUCUUUCAUAACCGAUGUUAUAGCCUAUGCUACAUCAAAAUCUGUUCGUGAUCUAGAACCUGAUGAUAUUGUAAAUCAUUUUAAAUCAAAAAUUUCAAAAUCCGAAGCAGAUGAUGUUUUUGGUGAAGAUUCAAGCUAUGAUAUAGGAAGAAAAUUAUCACGAGAUUUUCUCGAUCGUACCGGUCUUGAACAUGGACCAAAAGCAAUGAUGAACGGUGUUCUUCUUAAAGACACUCAUCUACAAGCUGAUUAUUUCGAAGAAGCAGUGCUCAGUGAAAUAAUGCGUCAAAGUUCACAGUUUCAGAAAGCAAUUUAUAAAGCAGAAAUAACAGAUGAAGAUGAUAUUCUUGAAUGGCUUAUGUCAAAGAAAACUGUAAUGACUCGUUUGAAUAGGGUAAUUUUUGGUCUUGAUCAAUCCAAUCAGAAACGAGUUGAAGCACAUAAAUAUUUGGAACUGACAUCUGGUCGAGUUUUAUCAAAACAAGAUAAUGAUGAUGGAAGCACAUAUUUUGGAGCAAACAUUAACGAUCUACAAACGACAAUUUUUUCUCAAUUAAAAUACAUUAACAGUAAAAAAGAUUGCAAUCCAGUUACUGUUUGGUUGGUAUCAGAUUUUCUUACAUACGAUUCUCGUCAAAUACUUCGUGCCGGUCUAAAUCAUUUACGAGAAAAUAGUCGUUAUAUGCGAUUAUCAUUGGUUUAUGCUGAUCAUAAUCAUGUAACACGAGUAUUGGAAUCUGCAUCAAGUACAAUCACAAGUUCAACACAAUUAUUAUCGUUUUUGACUAAAGUUGCUGUCCUAGAACAUGAUGAUUGGGAUGCAAAUAUUGAACAAAUUGGUCAACUUAUUUCGGAUGAAUAUCGAAAAGCAUUUUUCGAACGUCAUUCGGUGCUCAAACAGAAUUCGAAUGCUGCGCCAUUUCCUUUACAUCAGGCAAUUGCUUCUCGAUUGUUUGGAAUAUCUUCAUCGGAUAAUUUGGCACUUUUAUUGAAUGGAAAAAUAUACAAAGUACCCGUACAUUCCUCUGAUAAAAAACUUACUUUCAAUGAAGAAGAUUUUGGUCUUAUGGAACGAUAUGCACAAAAUUUUUGGUCGGAAAAAAUCAUGAAUACAUUGACUGAUGAUGAACGUGGUGCUGGAACUCGAAAAUGUUCGGAUCUAGUUUUACGUAUUUGUUCGGUAUUAUUGUCAAAACCAUCUUUAUCAUCAGGAAGUUCUGCCUAUAAACAACGUUAUGAAAUAAACAAUGUUCGUGAUGAGCAUAGUGUUUUGAUACUUGAACCUCGACAUCCAAAUGAACCAUUUAUUGAAUUAACAGCCAUAUUAGAUCCUUUGACUAGAGGUGCACAGAAAAUUUCACCCAUUUUGUCUACUUUUUAUGAAGUUUUCAAUGCACGUGUAAAGAUUCAUUUUAAUGCUGUGGAAAAACAUUCCGAUAUGCCAUUAAAAUUAUUCUAUCGUUUUGUUUUGGAUCAAGAACCUCGAUUUGAUUUUUCUACUGGAUCGAUUAUAAAUCCGGUAGCAAUGUUCAAAUCGAUGCCAAAAUCACCUUUGUUUACGCUUGGAAUGGCCGUACCUGAAAAUUGGAUGGUUGAAGCUGUGGAUGCAAUUUAUGAUUUGGAUAAUAUUCACUUAGCACAGGUUGAUUCGAAUAUAGUCGGUGCAGUAUUCGAAUUGGAACAUUUACUUGUUGAAGGUCAUUGUUUUGAACAAUCAUCCGGUAGUCCUCCUAGAGGAUUACAAUUUACAUUGGGUACAAAAACUAUUCCUACAAUGUACGAUACAAUUGUUAUGGCAAAUCUUGGAUAUUUUCAAUUAAAAGCAUCACCAGGUAUAUGGUUGCUUAGUUUACGUCAAGGUCGUUCGACUGAUAUCUAUACAAUUGUAUCGCAUGAUGGUACCGAUCAAGUGGCCAAUACAACCGAAGUUAUACCUAUUGUCAGUUCAUUUCGAUCGUUGGUAAUCAAAAUUCGUGUGAAUAAAAAACCCGGAAAACAAAAUGAAGAACUAUUAUACGAUUCAGAUGAAAGUUCGUCAGAUGAUCAAAGUGGUGGCUGGUUUUCCGGUUGGAAUUCAGAGAAAUCUACACGACAAAAUUCAGGCGAUAAAAGCAAAGAAUUAUCUGGUGAAGAUGAAGAUUCGAAAAGAAUCAAUAUAUUUUCACUAGCUUCUGGACAUCUUUAUGAACGAUUAUUACGGAUCAUGAUGAUCAGUGUAUUGAAAAAUACUCAAACACCAGUAAAAUUUUGGUUCUUAAAAAACUAUCUAUCACCACAAUUCAAACAAAUACUGCCUCAUAUGGCUAAAAGAUAUGGAUUCGAAUAUGAAUUGGUACAAUAUAAAUGGCCACGAUGGUUACAUCAACAAACUGAAAAACAACGUAUUAUUUGGGGCUAUAAAAUCUUAUUCCUCGAUGUACUGUUUCCGUUAGAUGUUAAAAAAAUUAUAUUUGUCGAUGCUGAUCAGGUUGUUCGUGCCGAUCUUCGUGAACUUCGUGAUCUUGAUCUUGAAGGUGCACCUUAUGGUUAUACACCAUUCUGUGAUUCACGUAAAGAUAUGGAUGGUUUCCGUUUUUGGAAAUCCGGUUAUUGGGCUACACAUUUACAUGGCCGUAAAUAUCAUAUUAGUGCCUUGUAUGUUGUAGAUUUGCAGAAAUUUCGUCGUAUCGCUGCUGGUGAUCGUCUUCGUGGUCAAUAUCAAGGUCUAAGUCAAGAUCCUAAUAGUUUAUCUAAUCUUGAUCAAGAUCUACCUAAUAAUAUGAUACAUCAGGUCGCCAUAAAAUCACUUCCACAAGAAUGGCUAUGGUGUGAAACAUGGUGUGAUGAUACAUCUAAAAAAGAGGCCAAAACUAUUGAUCUUUGCAAUAAUCCUAAAACCAAAGAGCCAAAAUUAACAAGCGCUAGACGUAUUGUUGCUGAAUGGGAAGAUUAUGAUCUUGAACUAAAAAAAUUUCUCGAACAAUUACAACAAAAUUUCACACAAAAUGAUGAUCGAACGGAAUUUUCUACUGAUGAUAAAUCUGAUGUUAUUAUUACUGAUAAAUCCGUACAUUCGCAACAUCAAGAGCUAUGAUCAAAUAGCGAUGACUGAGAUAUUUGUAAUUUUUUUUUCUGUUUGUAAAAUCUUGAAAGAAAA